AUGAAAGACACUGACUACGUUGCUUUGAGUUAUUGUUGGGGGUUGGCCCAGUCCCUUACAACGACCAAAGCGACAUUGCCAAACAGGCUUGAGGGUAUUCCGUGGGAAGAUAUACCCAAGACCCUGCACGAGGCGAUCGAAUUUGUACAACACCUGGGCCUAUCGUAUAUAUGGAUUGAUGCCCUCUGCAUCAUCCAGGAUGAUGGUUUAGAUUGGGAGAAGGAGGCAGCUCAGAUGAAAAACGUCUACGAGAACGCCUUGUUCACGCUCUCUGCCACGUCUGCCCCCGAUGUUGCUACCGGUUGCUUCCUAGCCCGAAAUAAUCCCGUUCACGAACUGCACUCGGCGAAGCCGCAGCAUACCUACUACGCUCGUCGUCCCUGUUUUGAUACCCACAGCAAGCUUUUCUCCUACUCCGUCGACACCGAGAUUGAAAUGGACAACUAUCCCGCUAUGACACGGGGUUGGAUCUAUCAAGAGCGUCUUCUCUCGCAACGAAUCCUCUAUUGCGCCUAUGAUGAGUUGAUCUGGGAGUGCCGGAAUACGAUCACAUGCGAGUGUAACCCGACAAGCCUUCAUCGUCACCACGGAGGCAACGCCAUCGUUAGCUACAAGCGUCAAAUGGGACACCUCUCCGAUCCCACACAGUUCAACAAAAACAACUCCUCUUUUUUCCCUAUCAUCGAUCUGUGGCUCAGCCUCGUGCAGAGCUACUCCCAGAGAGUCUUCACAAAAUAUACCGACCGUCUCAUUGCUCUUUCUGGUAUCGCUCAGAAAUUCCAGCCUCUCAACAUAGGGAAUUACUACGCGGGCAUCUGGUCUUCGGAAAUCCACCACCAACUAGCCUGGACUCGCGAUGCCAACCCCAAGGCAUUACGCGUCAAGGAAGCGGCCCGAAUCCCUGGUUCUCCUUCCUGGUCCUGGUGUUCCAUCAACCAACCCUGCGUAUUCGACGACGUCAUGAACCCUCCCCGCAUCAGCACCCGUCUCACAGCCCUAAACUACAAAGCCGAACUCUCCAGCCCCGAUCCCACCGGCCCAGUCUCAUAUGCCCGGCUGACCCUCUCCGGCCCCUGCGUCGAAGCAAAAAUCGUCCUCGGCCCUCCCGUAGAAGAGAACCCCAGCAGCCCCCUCAAAGCAUACAUCUCCCUCUGCAACAAACAAUAUCUCAUAACGCCCGACAUCCCCCAAUGGCACAACGCCCCUCAGUCAGCCGACUCCUUAGCUGCCUCGGACGAAGUCUCCUGCCUAGAAAUCUACAUCACCAAAAAGGGGUUCAAGGACAACGUAAACGUCAACCCUGACUCUCCAUGGGACGACCCAGAGCACCCGGAUCAAUACUACAAUUACCGAUUCCCAUGGCUGGUUCUCAAAUGGUCACCCCCCCAUGAUGCGUACCGCCGUGUGGGGAUCGUCAACUUUGCAAAUCGACCUUCGUUUGACCAGGAGGAGCAGGCGCCUGGGGAGAUGAUGAGGCAUGCGGUGAUGAGGGUCGUGGAUAUUGUUUGA